AGCUCAGCUACAGCAGAACAGACGAGAAACCAUGGAGCGCAACAAGACGCGUUGGAGAGACUCACCAAGUGGACGGGUAAAGUGCCAGUUUCUGGUCUGUUUGUAAGUCGCUUUCAGCGACAGCCGGCAUACUUUUGUACCCCAGUAGGUGCACAUUAAGUUGUACCAAGUGUGCGUAAAUUGACUGGAGAAGUCUAGGAAAGAAAACAGUCUUGGAAUGACCAGCAGCUACCAAAGAACAGGAGGAGAGAAGUAAAAAAGCGCCCGAAGGAGAGACGAUUCCCCGUUUGAUAGAAAUGCUCUCUGUGUUGUUUCCUCCGCACAUUUCACGUUGUUUUAGUGAAAUGUCGCUGGUCUGCGCUGCGUAAAACCCCGGACUGCUUUCAUGCCACAUGCCUUGAAAAGGAACAGUUAGGCUACUUAUAUUCAGAGGAAACUGUGAGCGGAGCUGAUAUUUCAUAAAGAAGGAGGCACUGGGCUACAACUGAGGACCAGCCACUGAACAGCUACGAACCAUGGUGAAGUUUCAUAACUCGGACCUAUGGAUAGCCUGGAUGGUCAUUUUCUGCAUGGAGGGGUCAAGGUUUGAUCUACACACGGGGAAAGUGUGUGUGCGGGCGCUGGAUGUCACGGUGUCCCAGAGCAGUGUUCAGGUAGCCCGUGGCCAAGCAGCCGUCCUGCCCUGCUCCUUCACCACCAGCGCUGCCCUCAACAACCUCAACAUCAUCUGGAUGGUGAUACCACUGUCCAAUGCCAACCAGCCGGAACAGUCCAAGCAGGUGAUCAUUUACCAGGGAGGCCAGGUGUUCAGCCUCGCCAACCACCUCAAUGGCCGUGUGGGCUUCGUGGCCACUAUGCCAAGUACAAGUGCCUCCAUCUUCAUCAACAACACCCAGCUGUCCGACACUGGGACCUACCAGUGCCUGGUCAACAACCUCCCAGACAGAGGGGGGCGCAACAUUGGCGUCAUUGGGCUCACUGUUUUGGUGCCCCCCUCAGUGCCAGCAUGUCGAAUCCAGGGCACGCUGGAUGUAGGCAGUGACAUCAUGCUGAUCUGCAGCUCAGAGGAAGGCAUUCCCACACCCUCCUACUCCUGGGAGAAGCUGGACGUGCUGCCCAAGCUGCCGCACAACGCCAUGCAAGACCAGAUGCAGGGAACUGUAACACUGAGAAACAUCAGCACCAGCAACUCAGGACUCUAUCAGUGUACCUCCAGCAAUGUUAUUGGCAAGAGCACCUGUCUGCUCAACCUGCAGGUCGUAGCACCCCAGCCUCAGAGUGUGGGUCUGAUAGCGGGCACCAUUGCUACAGGAGUACUAGCUGUCAUCAUCUGUUCCCUGUUGGUGGUGGUCACACUCUUUUACUGGAAGAACAAGAACAAAUAUGAUGAGGAGGAGAUCCCCAAUGAGAUCAGAGAAGAUGACCUUCCUCCUAAGAGGUCAUCGUCAGUGAAGGCUUUCCAUGCCGAUGCCUCAUCGUCAGAGAACGACACAUUGACGUCUACCAACACCUACAACAGCCGCUACUGGCACAAUCCCAAACCCAACUACGACACCAACUCCUAUACACGCUACAAUGGAGACACUCGUCAGACCUUCUCCACUGCUGCUCACGUUUCACAUGCACAUGGACAGGCUCAGAACCCAGGACACAGCCACAGUACAGUGGUCACUGCGCCAGGCUCAGCUCCACUCUCCCGCCACGUGCAACCCACAACGGCAACGACAACAUCGUUUGCCAAUGGCAGCCACACGCUCCCACCACCCAAGACUCUGGUGGUCACCACAAACUCUGCCCCAUCCCCUUCCGCCAUGGUGCGCAGCAACGGCUCUGUGAGCCUCAAACCAGUAGUGACGUCCACACACGGGCAGCACACUCACUCCUACGCAGUGAGCCAGGCCACGCUGGAGCGGAUGGGGGCGGUGCCUGUCAUGGUGCCUGCCCAGAGCAGAGCAGGCUCGCUGGUGUGAAAUCUCAUUUGGUAAACUGUUCUUUUUGAAAACCAGACUACGUUUGAAACCCACUGAUU